AUGCUUGAGAACCAGUUCGAGUUCAACUCGAACCAAGUCACCGUGACUCAAGUCGUGGCCAAUCUCGGUGCCAUUUGUGGCGGUACUCUUGUGGGCUACUACUCGCAAGUGUUCGGUCGUCGUCUCUCGAUCCUUGUCAUGACGGUCAUUGGAGCUGCUAUUCUGUAUCCAUACUGCUACGUUAGCGACGAGAGCAUCAUGAUCGCCGCUUUUUUCGAGCAGUUCUGCGUCCAAGGUGCUUGGGGUGUCAUCCCAAUCCACUUAAUGGAGCUGUCUCCCCCGUCGUACAGUGCGUUUGUCGUGGGUACGGCGUACCAACUCGGAAACCUGGUUUCCUCAGCAUCGUCGACUAUCGAGGCUUCACUCGGCGAGCACUUCCCGCUGCCAGAGGGCGAGAACGGAGAAAGUCGCUACCAGUACGGCAAGGUGAUCUGCAUCUUUCUGGGUGUGGUCUACGUCUACGUGUUCCUGCUGACACUUAUCGGACCUGAGGCUCGCGGCAAGGAAUUCGAUGUCAAGCACGACCAGGAUCUCGAAGAGGCCGCCCACGUCAACCACGAGGACCUCGCUAAGAUCCUCCACGACGACGUAAGCCCCACUGAAGCAAAGUCAUUGAAGGCGUAA